AUGCACGCUAUUCUGGUUACUUUGUUUGCAGUUGGCGUAGCUCACUCUGCCGGCAACUCUACUCGGUAUGGUACAGACCAGCUUAGUCUGGUUGUUAACAAUGUUGAUGGUUCAUUCGAGGUGCUGGUCUACAACAAAACGUGGCUGAAAAGUUACGACUUUGGUGUUCAUUGCAAUGGUCAGUGGUUGACGAGCAAACCAGGACCAAACCAACUGCAUCUCAAAGCUCAGCAAAAUGACAAAGGACACAACAACUGGGGAUCAUAUGUAGAUGUUAACUUCAUUUGGAGUGGUACCUCAGCAGCAGUAGAAUGGAGCACUGUAUUCAGAUUCUACGAAGAUAUCCCAAUUGUUCAGUUUAUGCAAGUGUACACAACUGGCUGUAGAGACAUGGCAGUUGUGCAAGGUGACACAUUUAAGAAUGGGAUUCUAGAAGUAAGCAGUGCUUUUCCCACGUUCGAAGUUAAGAGCCGAAAUUUAAGUCUUCCCAACCUUAACUACUUGACAUUCUCAGGUAGUAACCUGGCUGAAAGUAAAGUCGGUCAUGUUUGGGAUAAUCUGUUCCCUGGUGGGUCGCAUGGAGGUGUGCCUAUUGUGUUUUAUGACGACUCCAAUCAUGCAGUCAUUCUUAGUCCUAUGGAUAAUUUUUUACAGUCAAUAUUCGUUCAAAGUGCGGUUUUUGAUGGACAGCUGGCGUGUGGUCUUAACGGCAAAACUGUAGAAGUCCAUAGUUAUGAUUCAUCAAGUCAAGGGUUUAAUGUAUCUUACAUCAUGAUGGCAACAGACAAGGGUGUUCGAGAUGCUUUACGUGUAUGGGGUGAUCACAUAAUGAAAUUACAUGGCAAACAAAGGAGGUCAGGAGACGAGAAUUUAGCACUUCAAAAGUUAGGUUAUGCCACUGACAAUGGUGCCUACUACUACUACAACACAGAGCUAGGAAAAACAUAUGAAGACAUACUGCUAGGUAUCGAUAGAUACUUCAAUGAGUCUGGGCUCCCUCUUGCAUAUUUUCAGCUAGAUUCCUGGUGGUAUCCUAAGUCAAAUGCUACUGGUGAUGGAGGUUGCUUGUUAUGGGAGCCAAUGAGCGAUGUUUUUCCUCAUGGCAUGAAAAUUCUCAACAAACAUGUCUGGUUGCAUGCACGGUAUGUUUCUCCUGUUUCACCAUACAAUACAAAGUACAAGUUCCUCAAAUCAGACUCACCCGCUCAUCCAGUAAUGCUACCACAAGACAGCAAAUUCUAUACAGACAUCAUGGAACAUUCGAGAGACUUUACUCCCAAGCAAGGAAUGAUUGUUUUUGAACAAGACUGGAUGAGCACUCCUCUUAUGAGGAUGAAUAUCACCCACACUGACUAUGCUGCUGCUGACUUGUGGCUGUCUGCACUUAAUACAGGUGCUGCAAGUUACAAAACAUGGCUGCAACUUGACACAGCGUUUGCUAGUGAAAUUCUGGCCAGUGUAAGAAUGGAUCGUGCAGUUCAGGGAUCUACUGGAAAUGACUACCAACCCGGAAACUGGCAGUGGGAUGAUGGUCUAAGUGAUAUGCUAUUUGAUGCUGUUGGCUUGACACCAUGGAAAGACACUUUUUGGACAACAGAGAAACAACCCGGUUGUCCUGACAGGUAUGCAAGCUGUAAUGGCUGCUACGAACCCAAUCCCGAGCUUCAGACAUUGCUUGCCAUAUUGAGUACUGGACCUGUAAGUCCAGGUGAUGGCAUUGGUCAUGUCAAUAUAACACUCUUGCAGAGAACAUGUAUGUCAGAUGGCACUCUGCUUAAGCCAGACAAACCUGCUUUACCAAUGAACAAAGUGUUUACAGAUUCAUUUGAUGAAGUAGACUUUCCUCGAGUUCUGGUCACAGAAUCAUAUCCAGAGGGAAGCCAGCAAGCAAAAUGGUAUUAUGUCUUUGCUGCAAAACUGACCAAGCCAUUUACAGUCUAUCCAUCAGACAUCAACUCAACACUGACGUCCAAUCAAAUGAUUGUAGUCACAUUGGUGAUCACAAAAGUACAAAACGGGAAAAAAGAUCUGAUGAUGACAACAUCUAGUAGCAUCAUCAGUAUUGAACAGUUUGAUUCUGAUCAUCCUCUCGUUAUACCUCAAAUGAUGAACGACAGCGAUUUAUCUCAAUGUGGUCAGACAGUGCCAUUUAUGUAUUAUAUGGUUGUUCCUCAUCCAAUCAAUGGUUGGUUUGUUCUUGGAGAGAUGGACAAAUUUGUUCCUGCAAACAGAUACCGUAUACUUGAUGCCUAUCCUGGACCUGAUGAUAAUGAUGUGUUUGUAACCAUUGCUGGACCUCUACGAGAAUACGUAACAAUAUCACUGCUUCCACCGAAUUCACUCCAAGUCAUGAACAUUAGAUGUCACCUUUAUCCAGACAAAAGUCUAGCAACUCCUCCUGACUUUUACACUAUUGCCAUCUACUGUAGAGGUAAACGAUGUAACUGCACUCAAAUGUGAUUUACUAGUAAUCAGGGUGAUAACGAGUUUUCU